CAGGUGGCGCGUGAGCGAGCUCGAGAUUGACAACAUAAGCGCGUGCGUUCGCUCAUGCAGUCUCCAGUUGAACAGCGCGACUCGCGCAUAAGACGAGCUCAGACACGGGAAUAUGCUACAAAUGUCAGCGGAAUACAGUAAUAUAAGAGUCAUUUCUUAAAAAAAAGAGUUGCACCCAACAAUUCAACAGAACUUCUCUGAGCUUGUGUGCUUCUCGAGGGACAUUUUAAGACAGAUUUGGCCUGCUGUCCCUUGUUUACCGAGACAUCAUCAUCAAUGAGGACAUUAGGAAUGGCUGUGUUCAAGCAACAAAAAGUGGAGGAUUUCUAUGAUAUUGGUGAAGAACUUGGAAGUGGGCAGUUUGCUAUUGUGAAACGCUGUAAGGAGAAGAGUACGGGUGUGGAAUAUGCUGCAAAGUUCAUAAAAAAGCGGCAAAGUCGGGCGAGCCGGAGAGGUGUUCGGCGAGAGGAGAUCGAGAGAGAGGUGGACAUCCUUCAGGACCUCCAGCACCCCAACAUCAUCAUGCUGCAUGACGUUUACGAGAACCGCACUGACGUGGUGCUCAUCCUGGAGCUUGUUUCAGGAGGUGAGCUCUUCGACUUCCUGGCUCAGAAGGAGUCACUGAGUGAAGAGGAAGCCACAGAAUUCAUCAAACAGAUUCUCAACGGAGUUCAGUACCUGCACUCCAAGAAAAUUGCACAUUUUGACCUGAAGCCUGAGAACAUCAUGCUCCUGGAUAACAACAUCCAACUGCCACGGAUCAAGCUUAUCGACUUCGGUUUGGCGCAUAGGAUCAAAGACGGAGUAGAGUUCAAAAACAUUUUUGGGACUCCAGAAUUUGUUGCUCCAGAGAUAGUCAACUAUGAGCAGCUGGGAUUAGAGGCCGACAUGUGGAGCAUCGGAGUCAUCACAUACAUCCUAUUGAGCGGCGCUUCGCCGUUCCUGGGUGACUCCAAGCAGGAAACACUUGCAAACAUAUCAGCAGUUAACUUUGAAUUUGAUGAGGAGUUCUUCGGCAGCACCAGUGAACUGGCCAAAAGCUUCAUCAAACAGCUGCUGGUGAAAGAUACAAGAAAGAGGCUUAAGAUACAAGACGCACUCAACCACCCCUGGAUUAAGCCCAUAAACCCCCGACAAGCCCUGGUGCGACGACAAUCUGUGGUGAACAUUGAGAACUUCAGGAGACAGUAUGCCCGAAGGAGGUGGCAGCUUUCUUUCAGAAUCGUGGCCCUCUGCAAUCACUUGACACGCAUGAUGAAGAAAGGUCACCCCAAACCACAGGAUAAACCCAAGAUGGGCUAUGUAGGGCGCACAGUGGCCAUGUUCGAAAGAGAGUGUGAGAGCGAUCAAGAGGAGGAGGUGAUGCUGAGGAAACCUCGAACCAGGAAGAGAAGUAGCACCUCCUGAAAUUCCUUGAUGCUCCUCCAACCGGCCACAAAACAAGCGUCCCAGCCGCACGCUGGUUUCGAGGUGAACCAGCAGCGCGUGUGCCUUUUCCAAAUGCACACAGGCUGAAUUGUUUUUAGAAAGGGUCAUUGAGGUCUGUAUGUGGUUCGUUUGACUUCAUAGAGAUGCAAUUAUUAUUUGUCACCACGUCUGUAAACAUGAUACAACAAGUGCAGUUGUGGCAGAUAUAGAAUGCUCAUGUUUUAAAGCCGUGUAUAAAUGUAUUAAUGUACAUAAUGGGAUAGGGAAGAUUUUACUGGAUGUAUUACAAGUUUAUAUGUAAAGUUUACUUGUACAAUGUUAAAAUACUUAUUAGAGAUGUUUAACGUCACACGCCACUUUGCCUCGAGCCCUGUCUGUCUUAAUAUGUGCCACAUUUUUGCAUUCCUUUAUUGAAAGUCUUCAAAUUAUAUUUGCAUUUAAAUGGUGCAUGACUGAUAUAGCCAACUUCAUUUAUUCUGUAUGAAAUUUGUUGAUGUUAUAUGUCAUUUUUAUCAUUUUACUGUGCUGAUUGUCUUCUCAAGGUGUGCGAAAUUGCGAAUAUUUAAAUCCUGAAAAUCAGGAAUUGCGCAUAUUUGCGAAAAAUCUCCCCACACAGAUUUCGCAGUUGGUCACGUGAAUGUCCCACAAAAAACUUCUUGAAAGUGACUUCUGUGUGAGCUAUGCUUCAUAUAUCGCUACACUAUUGAUAGUUUUGCAUGCAAAAUUUCUUCUGCACUUUUAAAUUUGGCAUUUGACAAAGCAAGUCAGUGUCAAAUGGACUGGGUUUGAAAUCCAGUUUAAAACCGUGUAAUACUCAAUGUAUUGGCUAUUAAAUGUUUUAAAUUUAGGUUAUCAAGCCUGGGUCGACAAUGACGUGUAAAGCUCUUAAGACAAUUAUGAUUUAUUCAUUUUGAUUUCAAAAAACUGUUUAUUGAAAUCAGGGCAGAUUUUUUGGUGCAUGGGAAACUCCAUCCCUCUGUCGGGAAAGGACAAGUAGGAACUGGCAAUGCUGUUGGAUUGUGAAAUGAAACUUUGUAUGUACUGUAUCAUUAGCUAUGUUUCCAUCCACUUAUUUUUAUGCGCAUUUUGUGAUUAUAAAAAAAAAUGCUGGAUGGAAACGCCAAGAUGUGCAUAAAUUCUAAAAACGACUUAUGCGCUCAAUUCAAGUGGAUACAUCCGAUAAGAAGACAUGCGCAUAAACUACAAUGGAAACACAUUUACCGAAUAAAUCCCUUGAUGCGCAGCAAAAAACUCAAAAGACUUUGCCUCAACAGUGGAUGUGAUUGGAUAACUGGACUAACCAGCAAACUAAUGUUGGUUUGAUCAUCAAAAUGCCUGAGCCAAAGUCUGUCCUCCCAGAAACAUCUCACAUGACUGCGUUCCCAAACACCAGCAUCCGAGCGCAAGACAACAUGACAGCUUUAUUGCGUUUCAGCUGCGCGGUCUAAGGUGCAAGUCUUUUAAGAAGGAGGAAUUGCUUCCUCGAUUGCAGCAUUUUCAAUUUUUAUUACAGAUAUUUUGCGCCAAUUUCCUAGGAAGUGACGAUUUUGUUAUCUUGAACACGUGAUGGAAACUGUGCUUUAUUCGCAAAUGUUUUAUGCGAUAUUCCAAUUUUGCGCAUAAGUAAAAUUCGCAACUUUGGAUGGAAACAUAGCUACAUGGUGCUUAAAGGGAUAGUUCACCCAAAAAUGAAAAUUUUGUUAUCAUUUACUCACCCUCAAGUUGUUUCAAACCUGUAUGCGUGUCAAGAUAUUUGGAAGAAUGUUUGUAACCAAACAGAUCUCGUCUCCAUAGUAGCAAAAACGGUAGUCAAUGGGGGGGCGAGAGCUGAUUGGUUAUAAACAUUCUUCCAAAUAUCUUCCUUUGUGUUCAGCAGAAAUUUAUACAGGUUAUACAGGUUUAAGAAAUUUAUAUAGGUUUGGAACAACUUGAGGGUGAGUAAAUGAUGACAGAAUUUUCAUUUUUGGGUGAAUUAACCCUUUAAGGCAUUUCAGGACUGCGCCACUUAUUGAUCAGAUGUUAUCAAAAUUAUAAAAAUGAGACAUGUAUUCAUAUCUUUUGAAACUAAAAUUGCAGUUAUGCCAUUGUCUGGCUCUUUGGCUCCAGUAUCCCCUUGACCCUAAAUAGGACAAGGAUUUUGGAAAAUGUAUGGAUUUACUUUUUAAUAGUACAGCACCUGGAUUACAGUUACGCAUAUGUAAAUGAUUGUAUUACAGUGCCUUGAGGCUGAAUGUGAUUGUAGGAGUGAAAGUGUGUCAUAGGCUGCACACAGUGCCCUGUGCUCUACAUACGUCACCAGCAGGAAGAGGUUGUAGAAUCUUAUUGUUCCCAGGAAUGUGUUCUAUACAAUGGGCUUAUAAAUCUCAAUGUAAGUGGGCUCAAAAGUUUUCAUUCCAUUUUAUUUCUUUAAUAAAUUGUGAGAAAUGUUCAUUCUGUUAGAGUAUUAAACCUUAAUCGAUUUUAAACCAUUUUGCCGUGUGUAUUUAUACAUUACAUACUGUACAUGUUUAAAAACCUUUUUGUUUGUGUAUAAACAUGGUCAAUGCAUGUUAAUGUACACCUGUAUUGCAUCACUUCCUGUGCAUCAGUCACAUAAUUGGUGGUGUUAGGGGACUAAACUAUGGAAGCCCGUUUCCGCCACUAAAUAAAAAAAAUAAAAACAGUAAUUGCAACUUUUUAUCUUUUUUUCUCGCAAUUCUGACUUUAUAACUCGUAAUUGUGAGAAAAAAGUAAGAAUUCUGAGAUAUAAACUCGCAAUUGCGUUAUAUAUAAAGUCAAUUCUUUUUUCUUGCAAUUCUGACUUUUUUUCUCACAAUUGCAAGUUUAUAUCUCAGAAUUGUGACUUUAUAUCACACAAUUGCGAGAAAAAAAGUCAGAAAUGUGAGAUAUAAACUCGCAAUUGCGAGAUAAAGUCAGAAUUGCGAUAUAAAAAGUCGCAAUUACUGUUUUUACAAAUACAAAUUAAAAUACUUGUUUUUUAUUUAGUGGCGGAAAACGGGCUUCCAUACUAAACAGUAUUGUUUACAAGUAUAAAUGCCAGAUUUUCCUCUAAGUGGAAAAUAUUCGUAAAAUGUGCCUCAAGAAAAAAAAGAUCUCCCUUAUAUCCAUUUAUUUUUACUCUUGAUAUGACUCUGUACUUGUGUUGUUCACAAACAAUGUGAAAUGAAAAAAGUUUACUAAGAAUUGAAAAAAUGCCCCUUUUGUACAAAUAGUAGAAGUAAUAAAUGAUUAAUAUAUUUA